CUACAUUAGGCAGAGCACAAAGCUGUGUUAUAGGCAAGGCCCUGGAAGCAUUUCUCUGGUCUCCAGGGAAAACCAGGAGUUUCCUGGGGGUUGGUUCCAGGUUCUCCUAUGGCUGGGAUGGCUGUGCAGGGAUCACGGCUGCCAGUGUUCAGUGGCUUCUCUUGAACCUAGCUACCCCUCAUUGUCUUCUUAGGAAGCAGUGCAGGGAUGGAGUAGAUAAAACGGCACAGGAGAUGCUGGCUGUCUGCCUUGGGGCAGGAAUGGAAACCUAGUUCUUGAUGGCACCUUGUUACCAGUGUCUGUGCAGCCGUGUUCUGGCCUGCAGGGUGGAGGAGACCUUAGAGGAAACCGAGGCCAAGGGCAGGUGCUGGGCCCCAUUUCUGCACCUUCUACCCAGCCCUGACCUGGCACCCUUUGUUUCUGUUCUUCAGUCAACUGCCAGGAUGCAAGAUGGUCCUGCCCUCUUGGGAUUUAGAGCUGGAAAGUGGGAGAGCAGAGAAUCCUCUGGGGAGAAUCCUCUUCAUGGCUGCAGGAAAGAGAGACUAGUCCAGAAGGGACCUUGAGGGGUCAUCUGGCACUAGUGCCCCUCCAGGAAGGAAGGCCCUGGUGGCCACACUGACUUCACACUUACUAUGUGCAGGCACUGUUCCAGAGCUGGGGACAGCCAUCUGAAGAGAGCCUUUUGCUGCUCGCCUGCACUCUCAGUCUUGGAGCCCUCCCCCCAUCAUCUUGCUUCUCGCCUUCUGGAUCUCCUCGACUUUUGGAAGCUGCGUGACCUACGUCAUUCAGAUUCCAAGAGAGAGGUCAUCCUGGGUGACUCCUUAGCUCCAAGAAGAGGCUUUGUGGUUGAUUCUCCAAGAUUAAUGGUAGCAGACCUCCUGGGCCCUGAAGGGAAAAAACUCUGGGUUCUUCUCCUGAAGCGUUUAGUGCGUAGUUCUUCUUUUCCUACUAAAUUGUUUCCGUAUGGAACAACCAGUGUGGGAGAUGAUUUCACCUCUUGUCAUCUUUCCUAAGUCUUCCUUGCAGUGGAUCGUCAGCCAGCUCUUUGCAGUUAAUGAGGAUCCAAUUAUGAAAGGCAGCUGCUCAGCUCCUCCAUCUUCUGUGCUCCCCCACCAGAGAUGUUUAGGAUGACUUCUGGCUGGUGAAUGUCAGCUGCUGUGGUUGUCUCCUAGGAAUGGCAUGGCUGAGGGCUUUGUGGCUGGCCUGCCGCUCCUCCUGCUAUGAUGCCUGGGCAGAUCCCGGACCCUUCGGUGACCGCAGGCUCCCUGCCAGGGCUUGGCCCCCUGACCGGACUCCCCAGCUCGGCCCUGACUGUGGAGGAGCUGAAAUACGCUGACAUCCGCAACCUCGGGGCCAUGAUUGCACCCUUGCACUUCCUGGAGGUGAAACUGGGCAAGAGGCCCCAGCCCGUGAAAAGUGAGCUAGAUGAGGAAGAGGAGCGAAGGAAAAGGCGCCGGGAGAAGAACAAAGUUGCAGCAGCCCGAUGCCGGAACAAGAAGAAGGAGCGCACGGAGUUUCUGCAGCGGGAAUCAGAGCGGCUGGAACUCAUGAACGCAGAGCUGAAGACCCAGAUCGAGGAGCUGAAGCAGGAGCGGCAGCAGCUCAUCCUGAUGCUGAACCGACACCGCCCCACCUGCAUCGUCCGGACCGACAGUGUCAAGACCCCUGAGUCAGAAGGCAAUCCGCUGCUCGAGCAGCUCGAGAAGAAGUGACCAUGGGCUGGGAGGAGGUGGAGGAGGAGGAAGAGGAGGAGGACAAGUGAUGAAGAGGGAGGAGAAGGGGGGCCCCAGAUGGCCCUUCCUUUGGUGCAUGAAAAACUGUACAAUGAGGUUCAGCACAGCCAGCAUCAGCCGAGCUUUUUUGUGAAACUCAGAUCAGCCACCCAGGGGGAAGAGCGGGCUGAGGAAACCCAGAGGGACCAAGCGCUGAGACCAAAGUUGACCCUCGGGUAGGGCUGUCCUGCCUGGGGCCCCACUUGAAGGAGGCAGGACAGAGGCGUGAGGCCAGGGAGACACCCAACGAGGCAGCCCUGGGCCCUCCUCCGGCCUCUUCACCAGGGCACCCACCCGAGGAACCUCCGAACAGCCAGGAAAAGCCAUGAGUUGCAACCAAAAUGAGGCUGAGGACAGAACUCAGAAUGAAACUGCAACCCACCUGCCCCCAGCCCUGCCCCUCACCCUGAUGCGAAGCUGGAGAGGGGCGUGCUGCAGGGCCCUGAUGCCCCCACCCACCUCGGUCCAGCGCGGCCCUGCCCAGGAGGCGGCAGCCGGGCGCACCCUCGCCAGCCCUGCUGGAGUUUGCUGUGGGCACUGAGGCGCGGGCGCCCUUCCAAAGCACAUACUCACCGAAUGUUUACAGACUGGCUGUCCUGGCAGGGCUUUCAACUGCACAUGUUUUUUAUACUUUCCUUUUUUUUUUUUUAAAUAUUUUUUACAAAAAAAAGAUUUUAUACAAGCAAUAUAUAUAUGGAUUUCUAUAAUCACUCGAUGUGAUACAGUAUAAAUAUGCUAUGGUUUGUUUGUUAUGAACAGAUAGCCACCAGUUACGGCCGUUGUGUGUAACUCCUAAGUACUGUAGUCUUUGGGUGUCGGGGGUGGCCAGGGCGGGGGCGGGGUGCAUUUCCAUCCUUGUAAACCCUUCAUAGUACUCAGUCCUGUAUCGCUCAGUAAACAUUGCUCUUACUUACA